AUGUCCGCGGCCCGCUGCAUGCUUCUCAGCAUGCUGGCGGUGACUGUGAUGCCUGGUGUCUUUGUGACGCCGCCGUCAGGGCAGGUUUCAAAACCAUGCAUCCGCGGCAGCAACAUCAGCAGGAUUGAGAGGUCAGAACCUCGAAGCAACGCGGGUGCCAUGGUCAUGGCCGUGAUGGCUGGUGUCAUGGUGGCUAUCGCCUCCCCGGCAAGCAGCUGGGCCGAGGAUGCUGCUCCUGCGGCCGAUCCAAAGGCUGCCAGACGCGCGCAGGUUGUCGAAGAGCUGAAGAAAGAGCAAGCGAAGCUGAAGGUGGCGCCCACCAAGCAGGAGCGACUGGAGGCAAGCAAGAAGCAGUUGCAAGAGUAUGCCAAGACGGCCGUCUUGGACGAUGCGGACGUGGCCAAGUGA